UGUGAUAUUGGAGGUUGAGCUCCAGUUCUGCUCUCCGGCCCUUUAAGAAGCAGUUCCUCCGACUGGUUCCAGGGGGCGGAAGAUCUUUGUGUUGCUGUUCUUCUCUGUAGUUUGCGGCAGCGCAUUAGGGGCUUUGGCAGUGCUGGAUCGCCCGGGUUGCGGGACGCAACGUCCUGCUCCGACAUGGAACGGGGCUCAUGGAGGCUUAUUGGGAAAAAUCGUGUGUGUGUUGUUAGGACUCAUAUUUGCUGAUUUGCAGAGGGUCGGCUGUGGAGGUAUGGCUUGAUCGUUUGAGAACACUUUCGCGCACGUAUAUAGCCCUUCUGGUCGCUUUAAAUCAGCGAUUUUAAAAGGCGGGAGCUGCGUUCCGAAACAAUGUAACAUUCGCAUUAUGAUGUAAUGUUACAAUCGCAGCGCGACGUCAUGCAACAAUUGAACAAAUUCGCUUAUGCUUUUGAACCAUGGAAGCUCAUUAAACGAGUCGAAUAGGGGCAUUUUUUGCUCGUUUUGUCGUUUAUUUAAUGCUUAAAACUAACCAAAUCGAGCGAGAUUAAUAAACGAACCCUUCUGUCUGCUGGAAGUGGCCAUGAACGCAUUUGUAAAUAUUCCUAAACAUCUCACGACAUCAAUUCGAUUCCCUAAGAGUCCCGCAUUGAAAUGUGGACUCUAGAAGUGACCCAUUAAUGGCAUGCACGAGGCCAGUGCUGCUGCCGUGUUCAGAAAAGCCGUCCAUACAUCAUUCAUUUGAAGGAGUCGAGGAAAUAUGGCAGAGGAGAUAGAUAAGCCCUUGGAUGUGGACGUUGACAUAGACCCUGAUUUCGAGCCCCAAAAAAGGCCCAGGUCCUGCACCUGGCCUCUGCCCAGACCGGAGUCCAGUGCCGGGAAAGCAGAACCAGCAGAGGUGGGAAUCAUUCCUGAGGAAGAGGUGGAUGAAAAUGGCACUGAUGAUGCUUGUGCAUCUAGUGGCAUUACAGGCGCAUCAAAGUUUGUCAGUGUGAUAGAAGGAAACCAGGCUGUUGCUGCUGCUCCUGCCAUAGAAACCAAUGCUGCUGUCAGUGACAAAGACACCUACGGCUCUCCUGUAUCUUCCCAACAUGCUCUGCUCGCAUGCAACGACUCCAGCAUCAACGGUCUGACUCCUCAGCAGCCCAGAAAAUCCUCUGCCCGCAGGAACGCCUGGGGAAACUAUUCCUAUGCGGACCUCAUCACUCAAGCCAUCGAGAGCUCAGCCGAGAAACGGCUGACAUUGGCCCAGAUUUAUGAUUGGAUGGUCCGAAAUGUGCCAUACUUCAAGGACAAAGGUGACAGCAACAGCUCUGCAGGAUGGAAGAACUCAAUACGACAUAACCUGUCACUCCACAGUCGCUUUGUCCGGGUCCAGAAUGAAGGAACAGGAAAGAGUUCGUGGUGGAUGGUCAACCCUGAUGGCGGAAAAGGGGGAAAAGCUCCACGGAGACGUGCUGUUUCCAUGGACAACAGUAAUAAGCUCAUCAAGAGCGCCCGUGGCCGUGCCGCAAAGAAAAAGGCCGCUCUUCAGGCCACUCAGGACGGAAGCUCUGAGAGUUCCUCCAGCCUGUCCAAAUGGACUGGCAGCCCGACCUCCCGCAGUAGCGACGAACUCGACGCUUGGACGGAUUUCCGUUCCCGCACUAAUUCUAAUGCAAGCACCCUAAGCGGACGCCUUUCCCCAAUUCUGGCCAACCUCGAGGUGGAUGAAGUUCCCGAUGACGACUCCCCCCUGUCGCCCAUGCUGUACUCGAGCCCUAGUAGUAUGUCUCCGUCCACUGGACUAAUAGAACUACCCCGUCUAGCUGAUCUUGCAGGAACCAUGAACCUCAACGACGGCCUCUCCGACAACCUAAUGGAUGACCUUCUAGAUAACAUCAGCCUGACAGCUUCCCAGUCUCCGGGUCAAGACGAGAGUGGGGCCAACCUACAGGGAAGCCCUGUGUUUACCUUCAGCUGCUCUGGGAGCAGUCUGGCAAUUCCCUCUGGCAGCUAUGGCACCAACUCCAUGUUUAGCCCUCCAUCCGUCACUGGCCUGAGGCAGUCUCCAAUGCAAACGAUCCAGGAAAACAAGCAGGCAACGUUCUCCUGCAGUUCCCUCUUUAGUGAUCAGAGUCUGCAGGAUUUGCUCAGCUCAGAGUCCAACAGUCACAGCGAUGUCCUUCUUACCCAAUCCGAUCCGCUUAUGUCACAAGCCAGUGCCUCCCUUUCCUCCCAGAAUGCCCGUCGUAGUGCCCUGUUGCUACGUAAUGACCCUAUGAUGUCCAAUCAGGCUGGGCCUGUAGGACAACUGGGGCUCAAGAAGGUGUCGCCAUCUGGAUGGCGGAUGAACUGUGUCUUGAGCAGCGAGUCAGACUACCAAAGCUUGAUGAAGCAACAUCUCCAACAGUCUCCCUUCAGAAGCACAUCUAUGCAGCUCAACUCCUCCGAUUCAUUGUUGGCAGGUCUCAACGGCAGCGUGACCUCCGUUCAGUCGGUGUCUCAGGACCAAUUCCCAUCUGACUUGGAUCUCGAGGCAUUAAGUGGCAGUUUCGAUUGUGACAUGGAUGCCAUCACCCGCAAUGACCUGAUGGAUGCUGAGGGCCUGGAGUUUAGCUUCGAUUCGCAUCUCAUCUCCACUCAGAAUGCUAACCUGACAUCAGGGAGCUUCUCCAGUACCAAACAAACCUCCUCCCAAAGCUGGGUACCAGGUUGAUCCAGCCAGGCCCAGGAAUGUAGGGAUGGUGCAGAACACUGCAUUUGAGCCAACUGUCCACUGUAAAGUAACUGUACAUUAUGCUGUAGAAAAGCUAUUUGACAUCUGUUGGAAUGAGUUUGUCAACGUCAAUGAUUUACCCAGCCGGUGUUGUAGUUUUGUGGCUGUAUGUUUUGUAUUGUCAUGAUUGAGGCUGGUUUGAUGGACGUUGUGAAGAGUUUCAACAAAUUUAACCUUGAAGUGCUUGCAGGUUAAUCUAAACACCAAUGACAAGAUAUUGAACUCGGCUGCUGGAAUACGGUAAGUGGAGUACCGUAGAGAGAAAGUUGUUUAUAUAUAAAGGCUUGGCCAACAGUACUUCCCUUAGUCCAUCUAGAAUACAAAAUCUGAAAGCAUUUGGGAAUGUGAAAAGAGUCGGGUCAGUUUGAAAACCAAUCAAAUAACUUGAAUACUCAUUAGUAAACUGGUCCCUACGACAAGUGGAGCAACGUGGAGAGACGGUUGUCUAUAUGUAGGCUUGGGCAGCUGUACUUCCCUUAGUCCACCCAGAAUACAAAAUCCCCAAAACCCACUAUUGCGUACAAGGGUGCCUACACACUAGAGAAAGCUCUUUCAAAAUCAUUUGGGAGUGUGGAAAGAGUCAGUUUGAAGACCAAGUGAGAAUCUUGAGUUCUCGUUGGUUAACGGGUACCUACGACAAGUGGAGGAUCGUAGAGAGAAGCUUGUCUAUAUAUGAAGGCUUGGACAACUGAACUUCCCUUAGUUAAUCUAGAAUACAAAAUUUCCAAAACUCACCACUACGUACAAGGGUGCCUACAAACUAGAGAAGGCUCCCAUGAAAGCAAUUGGGAAUGUGGAAAGAGUCGUUCAGUCAGAAAACCAACUGAGAAUCUUGAAUUCUCACUGAUCAACUGGUACCUACAACAAGUGGAGGGUCAUAGAGGGAAGGUUGUCAGUAUAUGAAGUCUUGGGCAACUGAACCUCCCUUAGUCCAUCUAGAAAACCCACCACUACGUAUGAAGGUGCCAACACAGUAAGAAUCACUUAUGAAAGCAUUUGGGAGUGUGGAAAAAUUUUGGGUCAGUUUGAAAACCAAGUAAGAAUUGUGAAUUAGUCAACUGGUACCUACGGCAGUUUGCACUGCAGAGAAAUGUAAAAUAUUCUCAUUUUUUGGUAGUGUCACCCUUGAAUUUUCGUCUAUGUUGUUGUGAUACUUUAUCCCCAUUGAAAUCAAGUCAAGUGUAGUCUAUAGGUGCCCUUAGUUUGUUGUAGUUUCUUGUAACCGUGAUCAAGAUGAAUAAACUUCUAGUCCUUGAAACAAACACUUGCCUUUUGCCAAACUAGUCCUCGGGACAAUUGCAGCAAUGGCCUGAUUACAACACAAACUCUUGAGAAGGUUUCUUUUGUCCGAAAAAUGGCCAUGAAAAAUCCAUCUCUUUCUCCAAUUAUUUUUUUUUUGUGUGAAGCUGAAAAAAGGGAAGAGGUUGUGUUUUUGUGAAAACUGAACAAUAUAUCCUUGACUCCUUUUAUGGAAAAGUGAACUAUGAUAUGAUGAUAAGCUAUAUAUUUAGUGUUCUGCUGUAUGAAACUAGCUUGUCAGUGUUUCCUAUGGAUUUCCUAACAAACACAACCUGUGCAUUUAUCUUGCUCCGAGUUCUUGAACACAAGCAUCUCCGUCACCUCUAAACCACGUUCACUUCCGAAGUCAACCAUUUUAGAAUAGACUAUGAGCUAUAUAUUUGUAUUUCUGUAUGUAUACACACACACACACACACACACACACACACACAUACAUAGGACCUCAUUCAUGAAGUCAUGGCUGUAUAAAUUGUUUGUAAAAUCAAUGGUUUUUUGAACAAUUUACACCUGUAAAUAGUUCUUAAAUAGUUGCAUUCAAUGCCAUUUAGUGUUUGUGUGCAUUUACUGUACAUUGACAUGCAUGCAACCAUUUACCUAAAAAUGGGUUUACAAAUUUCUCUUUAAAUCAUGCAUUUCUUUUGUGCUUGUAUUUCAUGAAUGAGGCCCGUACUGCUUGUGUAUAUGUGCUGUACACUGAAAAUAUGUGCGUGUGUCUAUACACAUAAAUAUUGGAUUCAUUCUAGAGAUAAGGUAUAUUAACAGUUAUAAAUUUUGGAACGCUGAUUAAGGACCACUAGAUGUUUGUGUAUUUGUAGCAGGAAAAAAUGAAGCUAAGAGCAUUUGGUGCUAAGUGAUAUUGUUUUGGGUCAGUUCAUACGGCUGGCAUGUCACAUUCUUAGCAUUUAUGUAUAUAUAUCUACACAAUGGCUGGUGCUAGUAGAAAGCGUGUAUCAGUUGUGAUGGCAGUGUGUUUUAAGCAUCCUAAUAGUUUUUCAAAUGAAAGGCAGCCGCAUUGUAGUAUUACAGCCUGUAUGGUUGUAAGCUAUGUAAGAAAGCACCUAUCUUGUACUGUAUUUCACUGUUGAUCUUGAACAUGCCAGACAACCAAAUUCAAGGCUGAUCAGAAAUAAUGCAACUAUUCCGUUUGAUGAAAUAGUAGUGCCAUUCAGGGACAACUUGCAGAUGUUUCAGUAGUUACAUCUAAUGUUGUUUUAACAUCACAGUGGAAUGUACCUUUUGUUAAGGUUAGCUUCACGCCCAGAAUUUUCAUAAGCUUCUUAAGCACUGAUUUUUAUAAUCUGCUUUUUAUAAUAAGCCGGAGUCACAGAAUUUAAGAUGACUAUAAAAAGUUGAUUGUGCUUGGUUUACCUUUGUUUACUUAGAUUCAUAUUGUGUAAUCCGUUUUCAGCAUUAUAAUUUGCUACCUUUAAAUGAUUUUAAUUCAGAUAUUUUAAUUUUGCUAAGAUUUUCAUUCAUUUUGAAGUUUAAUCUUAAAGAGGGAAUUAACACGAAUUGUGAGAACGUAAUCUGCGUGUGUACCACCUAAACACAAUUGGCCGUUUGUUACCAUCCACUCAAUGUUUGCUUGACUUUACCUGUGUAUUUCAAUUUUGGAUAAUGUAAACAAGGUAGUGCAAGGCAAGGUGCAUGUAAAUAAAGCUUGUACAACACAAUGC